AUGUCUCGUGGUGGUACAACACUCUAUGUCACCGGCUUCGGAGCUGGAAUCCGUGCUCGCGAUCUUGCCUACGAAUUCGAACGCUAUGGCCGUUUGGUCCGCUGUGAUAUCCCAGCUCCUCGAACCGCAGCAUCUCGUCUGUUUGCCUUCGUUGAGUAUGAGUCCCGUCGUGAUGCCGAUGAUGCCUACCAUGAAAUGCACAACAAGCGUAUUGGUCGCGAUGACUUGUUGAAGAUUGAAUGGGCCCGCACACCUCCUUCGGCUUCUUGGCGAUUCGAUACUGGUGAAGAACGCGCAGCCCGUCGUGAUGGAGGUAGAGAUAGUGGCAGAGAGCGUGGUGGAGGUAGCCGCCGUUCUCCUCGUCGUCGUUCAACCUCUCCCCGACGUGGCCGUGGCGAUUAUUCUCCCCGUAAGGAUGACCGAGACCGCCGGGACCGGGACUACGACAGAAGAGACCGCGACCGAGCCGAUCGCUCACGUAGCCCAGACGAUAGGGAUCGCGAAGUUAAGGAAGAACGUGAUGACGUCCGUGAACCCGGAGCCAAUGGAGAUGACAGGAAAGUUACCAUGGAUUCUCCUCCACCAGCGCAUGAUGAACUGGACACCGCCGAGUAA